UGGUAUCAGUUAGCAACUAACACUUGGCAACAAUCUUUUUAACAUAUUUUUUAAUAUAUUAAUUUUUUCCUCGUAUGUAUGAAACCUUUGUAGGGUGGGUCAAGCAGUAGUUGAUGCCUUAAAUAAUUGUCACACUUUUGGUGAAAUGACAUUUAAUAAACUAAAUAGAGAUGUUAAUAAACUUCACAUAGCAGUAUUUAGAUAUGAGAGAGUCAUCUUAAUUUCUCCUACCAAUUAUCAAAUUAACCAAAUAUGGAGAACAAUAAACUAAAUAGAGAUGUUAAUAAACUUCACAUAGCAGUAUUCCCAUGGCUAGCACAAGGCCAUUUACUCCCAUUUUUCCAAUUCUCCAAGUUCUUAGUUCAAAAGGGUCACCGUGUUUCCUUCAUCACCACCCCAAAAAACCAUACUAGGCUCCCAAAAAAUAUAAUUCCCUCAAAUCUAUCCCAUCUCAUAACCUUCGUUGACCUGCCUUUGCCACCAGUGGACGGCUUACCCGAUGGAGCUGAGUCAACUGCCGACUUACCCAUUCACAAAGUCCCUUUCCUCAAGAAAGCCUUUGAUGGACUCCAACCAAAUUUGACUAAGUUUCUACAAGACUCCGGCCACGACAUUACUUGGAUCGUCCAUGACUUCGCUUGUUACUGGCUACCUCCACUCGCCAAUCGACUUGGGAUCAAGUUGGUUUUCUUUUCCAUAUUUAACGCCACCUCGAUGGCCUUUGCGUUACCGCCAUCGGAAAUGGCUAGCGAUUACCGCAGCCGACCAGAGGAUUACACGGUGGUUCCUAAAUGGUGGAAGGAUAUGCCAUACGAGGUUGCUUUUAAGUUGCAUGAAAUAAAAUCUCACUGGGAUUGUAUGGAUUCCGAUGUUUCUGAUUUUCAAAGGAUUAAAGAGGUGGUUCAGGGCUGCCAUAUCCUCCUCGUCCGAACUUGCCCUGAGUUCGAACCCGAAUCACUGAGUCUUCUCAAGACUCUUCACAAUAAACCGGUUCUUCCUAUUGGACUGUUGCCGCCAUUUGAACCUCGUGAAGAUGGAGAUCACAAUAGAUGGGAAGCUCUAAAACUGUGGCUAGAUUGCAGAAAAGACAAGUCCGUAGUUUAUAUUGCGCUUGGUUCGGAGUUGAGUCUGAGUCAAGAAUCGAUGCACGAGUUAGCUUUUGGGAUAGAGAAAUCUGGGUUGCCGUUUGUUUGGGUAAUUAACAAUCGUCCAUUGGUAGAAGGAAAAUUGGGUUUGAACAUAAUUCCAUCUGGAUUCGAAACCCGGGUCUCGGAUCGGGGUAUGAUAUGGUGGGGUUGGGCUCCCCAACUGAGAAUCUUGGCUCACCCUUCCGUGGGUGGGUUCUUGACUCAUUGCGGUUGGAGUUCGGUGGUCGAAGGUCUCGGGCUCGGGCUGUCGUUGAUUCUAUUUCCAGGUGGAAGCUCGGAUAUGGGGUUAAUGGCGAGGCUGCUUCAUGGCAUGGGAAUCGGGCUAGAAAUUCCGCGAGAUGAAAAAAAUGGCUGGUUCAGUAGUGACUCGGUGGCUGAGUCGAUUCGGCGAGUCAUGGUGGAUGAGGAAGGAGAGGCAAUCAGAGUUAAGUCAGGUCAUGAGAUGAGGGCGAUAUUUGGCAAUGUGGAAGUGCAGAAUAAGUACUCAAACGAGUUCGUUGAGUUCCUUGUAAGGUAUAGCACUGAGUCAACCAGGUGACUCUAAGCUGGGAUCUACUGAGUAGUCUGAGUUACUUAAACUAGCAUAGCAUGCAUGGUUGUUAAUUAUUGUUAAAAUAAGUUGUGGGAUUUCGUUCCGCAAAGUCGCAAACAACAUGAUUUCUAGUAAUGUAUAAUCGUAUUUCACCAUAUUAUUAGUUAGGAACUUAGGGAUAUGCCAUGUCCCGAGACAUAGUAGUCAAUCAAUAAAAUAUUCAAAGAGACUAUGCACCUUGACUUAAUGUUAAUGAAAACUUAAGUUGCCUGCUUCUUAUUUACUA